UGUCGUACGUAACGAAUAUACGUAACCAGAUUUACGUAGUGUAUAUUUAUUUUAUUUUAUUUUAUUUUAAACAUUUUAUGUUAUAAUUUGGAAAAAUAUAGAAAUGUUGAUUGAACCGAAAUUGACAAAUACGUCAACAAAUUUUGGCGAACCUCCAGAAAAGCAGAAUCCUUUGUUGCAGAGCUUAGGUGCUCCGCACAUAGAUUCUUUUAAUUAUAUGCUAGAAGAUGGCCUGUCUGAGGCAGUUAGAGACAAUCCACUUGUUUAUAUUCAUCUGCCAAAUGAAGACAAAGUAGCAUUAUGGAUCGACGAUGUAUCUAUUCAUCAACCAAAUAUUCCAUCUGGUGCAAUUGGGGUGAAGAAUCAUAAAAUCUAUCCUACAGAAUGUAGACAACGAGGAUGUACUUAUAAAGGAAAGAUAACAGUCAAAUUAGGAUGGUCUAUAAAUAAUAAAGUGCAAGAGACGCUCGAAAAGGAUUUGGGAGAAAUUCCAAUUAUGGUUAAAUCUAAUAGAUGUCAUUUAAAUAAGAUGAGUCCUAAAGAUUUAGUUGCUCAUGGAGAACAUGAACAAGAAUGGGGUGGAUAUUUCAUUAUUAAAGGCCUUGAGAGGAUUAUAAGAAUGUUAUUAAUGACAAGGAGGAAUUAUCCUAUUGCUAUUAGAAGAUCAGGCUGGAAAGCUCGUGGCGUACAAUUUAGCGAUCUUGGGUUGCUAUUAAGAAGUGUACGAGAUGAUAAUACUACAGCUAAUAAUACUUUACAUUAUGUAACUGACGGCUCAGCAAAAUUAAUGUUUUCAUAUAGAAAAAUUUUAUACUAUGUUCCAUUGAUCUUGAUGUUAAAAUGCCUGGUUGAUGUUUCGGACAUUUUUAUUUAUAGUGCAUUAACAGCUGGAUGUGAAGAUGAUUUAUAUUACAAAGGUUGUAUUUUAAAUAUGCUAAGAGCUGUACACGAACAAGGUUUAAAUAGUCAUGAAGAAUGCAAAGCUUAUAUAGGGAGAAUGUUUAGAAUAAAACUUUUUGAAUUACCUCAUGAUGCUACUGAUAUAGACGUUUGUGACUUUAUAAUCAAGAAUUGUAUAGCAAUUCAUCUUCAUGAUCCACUGGAUAAAUUUUAUUUACUCACAUUUAUGACAAAAAAGCUAUUUGCUCUUGCAAAUAAUAAAUGUGCCGUAGAAGGUGCUGAUGCUGUGAUGAUGCAAGAAUGUUUACUGGGUGGUCAUUUAUAUUUGCAAGUAUUGAAAGAAAAAUUAUAUAGUUGGUUGACUGGUCUUAAAAUGGGUAUUUUGAAACGCGCAAGGAGUGCUGGCAAUAGGUACACCUUGAAUGUUCAGGAAAUGUUAAAUGUAAUGAAACAUGGAAAUUCGCUGGAAGCACAAAUGGAAAAUUUUUUAUCUACUGGAAAUUUAAGAUCAUCAACAGGUUUAGGAUUGAUGCAAAAUACAGGUCUCUCAAUUGUUGCUGAAAAUAUUAAUAGAAUGCGAUACAUGAGCCAUUUUCGCGCAAUACACAGAGGUUCCUUUUUCCAAGAAAUGAGGACCACAGAAGCUAGACAAUUAUUGCCAGAUGCAUGGGGUUUCAUUUGUCCUGUACAUACACCUGAUGGUACACCUUGUGGUCUUCUUAAUCAUUUAACGAUGAAUUGCAUCAUUACGAAACAUACUAAUCCGAAAUUGAAAGCUAAUGUUCCCAUCAUACUAAUGGAUCUUGGAAUGAUUCCACUGUCAAUUGCUGAUAACUGGAAAAAGUCUUACACUGUAAUAUUGGAUGGAAAAUUAAUAGGAUUAAUAGACGAUAAUAUAAUUUCAAGAGUAACAGACAAGCUACGAUUGCUUAAAAUAAAAGGCGAAGAGGUUCCGUGUACGAUGGAGAUAGCACUGGUGCCAAAAAAAAAUGUACCAGCACAAUAUCCAGGAUUAUAUUUAUUUACAAAUCCAGCUCGUAUGAUGAGGCCAGUAAUGAAUUUAGCCGCCAAAAAGGUGGAAUAUAUAGGAACAUUUGAACAAAUUUAUUUAAAUAUCUGUGUUACACCUGAAGAAGCCUAUGAAGGAUUAACAUCACAUCAAGAAUUAUCAAAAACGGCUUUCUUAAGUAAUUUAGCAAGUCUUAUCCCAAUGCCCGAUUGUAAUCAAAGUCCUCGAAAUAUGUAUCAAUGUCAGAUGGGUAAACAAACAAUGGGCACUCCAUGCCAUACAUGGCAAUUACAAUCUGAAACUAAAUUAUAUAGGUUGCAAACACCUGCAACACCACUUUUUCGGCCAGUGCAUUAUGACGAAAUUAAUCUUGAUGAUUUUGCUAUGGGUACUAAUGCAAUCGUUGCCGUUAUUUCUUACACAGGGUAUGAUAUGGAAGACGCGAUGAUCAUAAACAAAGCAGCGCACGAUAGGGGUUUUGCACAUGGAAUGAUUUAUAAAUGUGAAUUCGUAGAUUUGAAAGAUCAGAAAAGUUAUUUUGCAAGGAAUCCUGAUAAACCUGAUCUCGCAGAAAAAUUAGACGUCGAUGGUCUUCCUAUUUUAGGUACAAUGAUUUCAGAAGGUGAUGUCUAUUAUUGUUAUUACGAUGCAGAUCAAUCAACAUAUGUUACUGGUAAAUAUCAUGGAAAGGAGGCUGCUUAUGUUGAUACUGUAAAACUUUGUGGAACAUUACAUGGUCAUAUUCCACGUAGAGCUUGUAUCACUUUUCGUAUUCCACGUAAUGCAAAUGUUGGAGAUAAAUUUGCUUCGAGGGCAGGUCAAAAGGGUAUCUGUUCACAAAAAUGGCCUGCAGAGGAUCUACCAUUUACAGAAACAGGUUUAAUUCCAGAUAUUGUUUUUAAUCCUCAUGGUUUUCCAAGCCGUAUGACAAUAGCUAUGAUGAUCGAGGUGAUGGCUGGAAAAUCAGCAGCCAUACAUGGAUUGGUGCAUGAUGCAACAUCGUUUAGAUUUAACGAGGAUGAGACAGCUGUUGAAUAUUUUGGAAAAUUAUUGGAACGCGGUGGUUAUAAUUAUUAUGGAACAGAAAGAAUGUAUUCAGGAAUAGACGGAAGAGAAAUGACUGCUGAUAUAUUUUUUGGAAUAGUACAUUAUCAACGAUUACGUCACAUGGUUUCAGAUAAGUGGCAGGUGAGAAGUACUGGACCAAUUGAUGUUUUAACAAGACAGCCUAUAAAGGGUAGAAGGAGGGGUGGUGGUGUUCGCUUUGGAGAAAUGGAACGAGAUUCAUUACUAUCUCAUGGUUGUUCGUUCUUACUUCAGGAUCGUCUUUUCCAUUGUUCAGACAAAACUACCACUUUAGUUUGUAAAAAAUGUGGAACGUUAUUGGGUCCGGUAAUGGAAAUGGCUCUAAGUGCAUCAGGAUUAAAUGACAAGACAAAAUGUCGUCUUUGUGGUGAUGAUGAAUCUGUUAGAGAAGUCGACAUACCAUAUAUUUUCCGAUAUCUCGUAACGCAAUUAACGUCUUGCAAUAUUAAUGUAAAAUUGUCAUUUGCGGAGAAAUGAAAAUAAACGAAAAUAUAAUGCA